AUGGCUGAGGAUCUUCGCGCUCUUCUUACUCAGUUGAGGCCUUUGUUUGCCGUGAUUCCAAAGGCUAAAACUGCCAAAAUUGCCAGGGGAACAAUCGACUGUGUUUCCAAAAUACCUGGAACCUCUGAUCUCCAACUUGCUCUUUGCAAAGAACUAGUAUUGUGGGCUCGUGCCGAAAAGCCUGCUCUCCUGAGGCAGCGAGUUGAGACAAGGCUUGCAACUCUUUUAUUGGAAACUAAGGAGUACGCAGAGGCACUGGCCCAGCUUACCAACUUGUUAACAGAGGUAAAGGGAGUAGAUGACAAGCUACUUCUUGUGGAAAUACACUUGCUUGAGAGUAAGCUACACUUUCUGUUGAAGGAUCCUCCCAAGGCGAGAACUGCUUUCACAGCUGCGAAGAAAGCUGCAAAUGCUGUCUAUAUACCACCAAAUCAACAAAGUGUCAUUGAUUUGCAGUGUGGGAUUCUCUUGGCUGAGGACAAGGAGUAUAAAACUGCUUAUAGCUAUUUCUUUGAAGCAUUUGAGGCACUUAAUGCUGUUGAAGACCCAAGGGCAAUUUUCAGGACGAACGAAGCUGGUGGUGUUGCUGGGAUGAUUUCUUCGAAGGCAGGCCAUCAAUAUCUGGGCCCAGAACUGGAUGCCAUGAAAGCUGUUGCCGAUGCUCAUUCCAAACGAUCUUUGAAGUCAUUUGAAAAGGUGCUGCGGGAUUACAAGGAUCAGCUGGAGAAAGACCCUGUUAUGUACCAUCAUAUCUCAUCCCUUUAUGACACUCUAGUGGAACAAAACCUGUGUAGAUUGAUUGAACCUUUCUCAAGGGUUGAGAUUUCACACAUUGCUGAACUGAUUGAAUUGCCUGUUGACUUUGUGGAGAAAAAGCUGGCACAAAUGAUUCUGGACAAGGAGUUCGCUGGGAUACUGGACCAAGGUGCUGGACACAUCAUAAUAUUUGAUGACCCCAAGAAGGAUGCGCUCUUUUCUGCAGCUCUUGAAACCAUCUCCAGAAUUGGCAAGGUUGUGGACAGCCUUUGUCAGUUCUUCUCAGAUUAUGCACUGAAGGGAUUUGCAUUACUUUGA